CGGGCGGUCAUACUCAAUGGAGCCGUUCAUUCAUUCAUUCACACAUUAAUCUUGCAUCAUUUAUUAUGCCAAAUGGUAUCAUCUGGAGAGUUCUUACCACUCUCCUCAACGCAGGACAACGUGACACAUAUAGUGUCUUACUCUAAGAAGUGUCGUACUGCUUACGACCGUGGAAGAUGAUCAUUUGGUUGUGGAAAAAGGCUGGUAAAUCGCUGCAGCAGCCGACUUCAGCGUCCCCCGGAAAACGAUUCGAUCAGUUUGCCUUCGCAGGGCAAAGAUUACCAGCGUAGUUUUGUCUUCCUGUGUCUCGGGUCAUACCUGACGCGUGCACUGUACAAUCUUACUUUACUGAGAAAUUCGUAUUGUUUCCCUUGAAAAGUGUUUUCAGUGACGGCAACGCCAUGCAUUGGUUCGAGAGGACUCUUUGGCUUUUCUUCGUUGUUGCGGUCUGUGGUGUUUAUGUUCAGACCGCCCCAACCGAAGAACAGACCGCAAAGCCAGCCAACAGAACCACCGCACAGAAAGACCGCCGAAUUGAUUUCGGGGACGAUUUCAACCCGAGUGCCCACAUUCCUUACGAGACGACCACUGUAGUGGGUCCUCUGAAUUUAGAAAUGCCACUGCAGAGGCUGCCGCCGAUUAUGCAUACGGGUCCUGGAAAAUACCUGGAAGACCGUCGUCGGCAGACGGAGGCCAGAAUCCAGGAAUUACAGGAACAGGUGGACCUCCUCCUGGAAGCCCAGAAGAGCAACGGCACUGCCGAAAUUGUUCCCGACCCGGAGAGGGAUGCGAGAACCGCGAUACAGUAUGGGCUGAACUGUGAGCGUGGCGACACAAUCAUCAUCUGUUUGAUGAAAAAAGUCGUCGUACUUCGGAGAGAAGUGUCGGGCAUUCAGAGGGACGUCUCUGUGUUGGGGAAGAAGUUUGUCGACUUCCAGAUAGACUUGAGAGAAACGAACCUGAACAAAGAGAAGGCGGAGGGAGGGCCAGACCAGGAGGAGCCUCAAAGGGAGUACGGAUCGGGGGACGUUGAUGGAUACGACCAGUCUACCGAUUUCGAUAAUACAACAGGAAACGGCACCACAGAGGCUCCGUUUGAUAUUCAUCAGGAUCCUCUAUGUCCGCCGAGAUUUGAAAGAGUGGGCAGCAUCUGUUACUACGUGGUAACAGACAGAGCUAGCGGUGUGACGUCAGCGCGCGACUUCUGCCAAACUCACGGAGGAUACCUGGCCCGUCCACGGGAUUCUCUGACCCUCCACGACCUCGCAAACCACCUUACCAGACUCUAUGACAAGGAGAGCAAUCAGUUGUCUGAACUCUGGGUAGACGGGCAGUAUCAGGCGGAGAAAGAUGCGUGGAAAUGGAGUGACGGUGUCGUGAUUAACAGAUCCAUCUGGGGAAUCUUCGACACACCAACGAAGUCUCACAGAGCCGGCACCUGCGUCCUCCUGAAGAAGGAGCUCAACUACCUUGCCAUGGCCCAAGACUGCGAAUACCACUAUUUCUUUGUCUGUCAGGCUGAAACCAGAGAUGACUUCCCUGCUAUGUAAAUGCAUUUGUUGAUUGUAUUCAACGUUGAUUCCUUUAAGGAAAGCCAAAGGUUAGAUGUAGGUACCAGUUGCCGGUAGUAGUAGUAGCAGUGAUAAUGGUCAGAUGAAUUGUUCUAUCCAGUGUACGGGAUUAGUGUAACGUACGUAAGUAGAAAGUCACUGAGUAUGUAUGUAUAUAUAGCUGCAAGCCCACCCAUGUAGUUAUAUAUUCGUUGGAUAUUAAUUCUUUGUGCGGUAAUUGUUUUCCAUCAGAUCAUCAGAUUAAUAUAUAGAUCUCAGGCCUUGGUAUGUAUAAAAAGAGAGCUGAAUUUCAUACUGUGGCCAUUAUUUUCAAUGAAAGCUAGAUUUACUCAACCUAAGUUUUUCUCUGUCGAAGAGAGAUCAUUAUAUUCCUGAAAUUUAAGGAUUUCAGCUAAUCACACAAUGCAAUAGUUAUAUAGACAUUAGGAAUCCAAAAAGAAAAAAUUGAAAUGAAUAACGGUUCAGUCAUCCAACAUCAAAAAGAUGUAUGCAUAUUGAUUAACUCUUCAUAAAUAAAUAUUAGAUUGCUGAUAACUCUGUUGCCCAUAUUUAAAAGGCGUUUUACUCAAUGCAAGAAUUUUUACUUUUUACUCAAGUGGCUUAGUUGUUCAGUACCAGUUGGUGAUUGGAAGUUACAAGCACUACUUAUGACUAGCCACCAUAAGGUCUUUGCUAUUUGAGGCCUUGGAACCUUUCAUCGGCCACUGAUCAGAUGUAGAUGGAACAGUUACUGCCUACAUAUUCAAUCAUAUUUGCUCUUUACCUAAACGAGUGAAUAUGGACUGACGCCUGUAUCACUUGACUUGUAUCUUAGAUUAGAACUCUGUAGUAAGGCUAAUUAUUAGAGGUUGUAGAAUGUAUACAGUGAUUUUUUUAUUUUGUGAUGUGUGUAGCUUCAGUUAUGUAGACUUGCUAUAAGGAUUACUGGCGUAGAGCUCAGUUCUAAGAGACAUAAGAAUUGUGUAAUUACUAUUACAUUAGUACAGUUGUUGCUUAUGUAAAUCUUAGAUUUAUAAUCAUGUAGCAUUUUCUUACAUGGAAAGUUUUAAUAAAACAGUUAUAAUAUCUGUAAUUAUUAACA